AUGUCACCCUACCAUGCACAGGGUCUCAGAACGUGCGGAGACGACGUGGUGAACGGCAAGGUCUAUAAAAAGGCCAUACUCUACGCACGGUUCAGCGGAACACUGCAGCUUCUGUCUGCGAUGUGCCCAAUCUCAGCACUGGUCUUGAUUGCCACGAUGCUAUCCAAGGGCGCAAAAUACCUUACAGCGGCCGUGCUGGCCAAUUUUGCCUACGCUGCUCCGGCCCGACUCUCGCUUGAUUGCAGGGCCAUCGAGGAGCCAUUUGCGGUGCUGGACCCUCAAAUUUGGGUGAACCCAGAUAAUAUGACAUGGGAUGAUUUCGUGUCCCCCCCUGGCACCGACUGGUCAAACCCGGCGAAAACUGGGUCUAUCAGAAACUUCAGGAUUGCGCUUGUUGCUGUGGACUAUCCCGACGAGAACUUCACCAUCACGAAGCCUGUUGGGUCAACACCUUUCAACAACCCUCAGUCAGAUGCUUCGGAACUCGACCGUGCGGAUGUCCCUGCGUUUUACAGGGAUCUUCUCAACAAACCACAAGACCUCAAUCGCAACCAUACCUUACACGAGUACUGGAUGGAGGACUCUGCAGGCCGAUAUGGCGUCGACUUGACUGCUUUCGGUGCCUACAGGCUCCCUUCCAAGUCGUUCCAGUACGGCGUCGAUGAGGAGGGAUUUAACCCAGGAGCCUGUCCUCCUGAGGAGCCGUGCACUGCGGACCUUCGAACAGACGCUUUCGCGGCAUGGCGUGGAGACGUCGGCAACGCCACUGCUGACAGCUUUGAACUAGUCUUCAUCCUCAGUGCUGGGCAGGACGAGUCAGGGUCUUGGCAGGAAUUUGGCGUCAUGAAAUUCCUUACUAACGAAGAUGUCACCGAUGAAUUUGGCCCGCCUGUAAAUAGUUCAUUGCCAAAUUAUGCGAAAACCCGAUACGUUGAGUGGACUUCUUGGGCAUCAGCAUCGACAAUAUGGCCUAACGCUGGCGGGGGAUCCUCAACGCAGGCAGAAAGCUCUGGCGCUGCCACAUACGCUCAUGAGCUUUCUCACCUCCUAGGUAUUGGCGACAAUUACAACAACCCGUACGGAACUCCUGCGAGGAGAUCCUACACAGGCCCGUGGUCCAUGAUGUCUCGAGGCAGCUUCAACGGGCCUGGGGGGCCCCACACUCGAUGGCAAAUUCCCUCCCUUCAAGGCGCGACGAUAGGUGCACUUCACACCGUCCGAGAUAAGCUUCAGCUCGGACUGACAGACGAGUCUAAUGUCUUGAUCGUUCAGAAAUCCGACCUGGAAUCUUCCGGAGUCGUGACGGCUGAAGUGACUGCUCGCGCAGUGGACAACCCUAAUGGUCUGAUUGGCGUGCGUAUCGUGUUCGGCACCGAUUUGUCGCCCUACUGCAAUAUUUCUACCGCGCCGUUGUGUGAUGGUGGCGGUUAUAACUCAUAUGACCUUGAGGUUGUAGACCGCAUGGGUGCCGAUAGCUUCACACCGGACAGCGGUGUUAUGAUCAGCAAGAUUAAGAACUCGGACAGGAGCCAGCCAUUUCAAUGGACCAUCGACGCGAAUCCACAAGACAUUGACAUUGUGGACUACAUUCGCCCUGACGGCAGAGAGGAGAAGGUGACAGUCGGCGAUUACCGGCAGCUUGCCGAUGCCUUAUUUCACGCCGGCACGAGAUCAGGCAGCCAGUAUGAGCACAUAGAUGAGGCUAAUGGCGUGCACUUAUAUGUCCUCGAACGUCGCCGGGACGAUCUGGGCGUUUUACAUUAUACCGUCGGGGCCCGUGCCCUGGCGAGCAGCAUCGCAGGCGUGAGCGGCGUCGAGCUCAGCCCCGGUGCUGUUGUUGGAUCCGGCAGCCCCUCUACUGCCCGCAGCGCCGCGUGUGUAUUUGACCUGACCAACACUGGCAAGCAGACACUUGGGGAAAACGCAACAUUGGGGCGCUAUACUAGAAGCGACGUGUACCGACUCGACGCCGUCACAACUACCAGCGGCUGGAGUGUAGAGUUGCCGAAUGAGCUUGCUGUGGCAGAAUUUGGUGCGACGACGCAAGUUGUAGUCGCUGUUGCUGCCGCCGAGAGUGCAGAUGUGGACGCAGUGAUAAAAUUGACGGCGACUUCCGAGUCUAAUAGGAGUGUGUCAGGCUCAGCGGAGUGCACUGUGAGUAGAUAG